AUGAACAUCAAGUAUAUACUCCUGGACGUGGAAGGGUUGGUGCACACAACUAUUUGGAAUGGCCAUGAAACUGUUGGCAUGCUGAAGGCCAAUCUCACGAGUACAAAUGGGACUUUGUUCGGCAACAUUGAUCCUAUGAAGUUGAUGAUCUUUCGCGCAACAAAAGCAAAUGGCGCCUUCAUCCCGAUCGAGUCGCGCAGAGUGAGAAAAAUGUUAAGUGGCAAGAUCCCAUCGCUUGUAGCUGAGGUGCUUUCCAAGGAGAAUGAACUCAAGGAUGUUCAUUUCGUUAACGACGUUAUUCCCGGCACCGCAGCUCCCUCCGGCGUGGUCCAUGUUUUGGAGGCAUUUGGAGAAAUGGAAAUUGUGUGUUCUCUGAAGGGGAGAGAGGGGCCACCGAUUGAGCUUCAGGUCAACAUCAGAGAUACUAAUCUGCAUCGGGUAGUUGGAGACGCGCUUGGCACCACCAAGCCAGACUGGAAGUUGUUUUUGUCGAGGGAGCGAGAUGGUGCGUGGAUCAAUACCGACUCAGACGACGCGCGAGCUCUGAUGAGGGGGCAGGAUCACUGA